AUGUUUGAAUCUACGUCCACUAACGAAAAUGUUACUGUAACUCAAGAAGGUGAAGUACCUGAUAAACUGUCUUCAAAUAAUAAAGACACUUCUGUUACUAGUAACGUUUCGGUCGACCUCAAAAAUAUUUUUCCUACUUCUGGUCGUUUCAUUCAAAUUAUUGACGUUCCUAAAGCUCUAAAUAUUCAAAACACCCAAAGUAAUCAAUUUAUUCAAAAUAAUCAAUUUAUUCAAAAUAAUCAAUUUAUUCAAAAUAAUGAAAUUAUUCAAAAUAACCAAAUUCAAAAUAUUCAAAAUAUUCAAAAUGUUCAAAAUAAUACAAUUAAUGAUUUAUCUUCAAAAGUAAUACAUUUAUUGGAUGCAACAACUGAGGAUCCCUUUACUCUAGAAUCUUUUGAAGCGCUUAUACAUCAACAUACCGAUAAAGCCAAAGAUUUCAUUUUGGCUAGAGUAACUACUGCUGAUCCUUCGGAUGAUUCAAAGAUUUAUAAUUCUUAUUAUUCGGCUCAUCAUAUUAAUAAAGUACUGUUUAGGACCCAACCUGAACAAGGUUUAUUACAUAGAAUGAAAGCAAAAAAUCCUUUAAAUAAUAUGAAUAUUAUUGGUGAUGUAUAUUAUUAUGUCGUUAAGGCUGAAACUGUUAAAUCGAUUCAAUCUCCAACCUCUCCUUUAACUGUGCAAAAUAAAAAUUUUAUACUCGAAAAUGGUGUUCCUAUGGCUGAAAUAUCUGCUACCUCUGCUCUUGAUACAAAUGAAGGAGAUUAUUUGAUUAAUAUUGAUCCUGAUAAAAUGAUAAAUAGAGAGUGUGGUUUACGUUCUUCUCCUCCUUCCAUAUGGCAAGGUGAUCGAGAUGUUGAUGAAUCUAAUCCAAAGAAUUCUGUUAUCAUCAAAAAUAAUGAACGUCGGUGGUCUGAGAAUGAUUUAAUACGACUUCCUCCAAAAGUUUUUCAUCCUGUUCAUCUUCAAUCAAAAAGACAUUCUUCUAUUACUAGUCUACCUUCUUCUGAUCGAAUUACUGAUCUAUAUCUACAAUCUCAACCUUCUAUCACUACUCCUGAUAAUAUUCAAUUACAUGAAAUUAAUUCUACUUCUUCAGUGUCAACUUAUCAAAAUGACAUUACUACCGUUUCAAAUCCAUUAUCUUCUACUUUGGAAAUUUCAAAAUUACCAAAUUCGUUCUAUAAAUUUGAACACACAAAAUAUAAUGUACCUCAUAAUUUUUAUAAUCAAAAUCCUGUUUCAAUAUCUCCUUUAACAAAUCUUCAUUCCUCUAAUUCAAUUAAUUCAAAUGAAAAAGAAAAUACUCGUAAUGUUUAUUAUUAUCAAGCUAUUUUUUAUGCUACCGAUGAUGAUUUCUUGAUGAAAUCUUCUGUUCGGCAAUAUUUCAAAUAUCACGCUUUAGAUCAGUCUGAUACUCAACUAUUUGUUAUCAACGCUUCUCAAAGUACUCAUGCAACCGGAUCUCUAAACGCCACACCUCCUAGUACCCAUUUGGAACGUAUAAUUGCUAACAACGGAAUAUAUGUUGAUGACAGUACUACAAAUAGUAGAAAUGGCUCAAUUGGUGGUUCGAGAUGGGCAAGGCAGUUACGAAAUAUUCGUUCAAAUAAGGGUCUUAAGUGGUUGGUGUUAAUGUAUAUGGUUUUUGGUUUUUUACUAAUAAGGUUCGUAGUCAGUGAGGCUUACGCAUACCUUAUGGCUUUUUUGUUGAUGCUAUGUUUGUUUCUCGUCUUUUGUGUUGGAAGCGGAAUUGGUAUUUGGGGAAGAUAA